GGGUGCAACAAGAGUACAACAGUUUGCUUGUUAACGCAUUGAACCGUAUUUUUAAAAGCAAUCUGUCCUUGAAUACUUUCAAAUGGCUGCUUAGAAAAGUGGAGCUUUCGUGCGUUCGAAAUUUUAUACCCCGUUCUAGAAAACGCCUCUGAAAUGGAUACCCCGUUCUACAUCAGGAGCUUCAAAAUCACGACCCCUUUGGGUGGCACAUACCCGUACAGGUAAUGUAUGGGAGUACCCCCAGGGCGCCUAAACAAACAUAAGAUAGCGAUGAGAGCAUAUUUUCCUGCUAAUUACCAAGUCAAACGCAGGAAAAUACUAUUCUUUUGAAAUGAUUUUCCUACACUUGUAAAAGGACUACUUUCCUGUUGUUCCAUCACGUUUAUCAUAUCAUUAUUGUUUUUAUCAUGUUUUUCAUGGGCUGUUAAGGUGACAAACAUCUUAUUAAAAGAAAAUUUAGUCAAACCAAAUAUUAAAGGAGAUAAGUCUGGAUUCUUUAUUAGCUAAAAUUUGAAAUGACAAUGAACUUUAGAGUGCAAACAGGAUAUCUGUCCAAUUUAAAUGACUAAGUUGUACAAAAUAGUGGUGCUUAACAAAAAGCAAUAGGAUUAGCAUAAAAUUGUACAAUUGAGCAGUACUGUUUCACAUAUAUUCUAUACACCCUACUAUUUAACUGCUUUACCCAUCUUGGCCAAUUGUCCCCUGUUAAAAUAUACCUCGCGAAACUGCUGACCCCCCUAAACUUUUUUAUAAAAAAGUUUAGCCCCCCACAUCAAGCCAAUCUGAAUUAGCCCUGACCCCCCCCCUUUCUUUUUUCCCCUCUCCCCCCUCUACAUAAAUAAUGACCGGUCCCUUAGCGGGACAGGAACGCGUGACGAACCCUUACGAACGUCUGCGGGGAGGCUAAAUAAAUUGUAGCUGAAAGUAUUUAGUGGUUCUCACUUAAACUGUCUACUUUAUGCCGAUGAUUUACUUCUAAUAUCUAUCUCGGCAGAAGGUUUGCAACAAAGUCUUGACAGACUAUCAAAAUAUUGUCAGGAUUGGCUUCUUAAGAUUAAUCCAACUAAAACCAAAGUUAUUGUAUUUCAGAAGAAAAGUAGAAAAUCAGCAAUAGAUAAACACAAUUUUAUGGUUAGCAAUGAAAACAUUGAAAUUGUCAAUAAUUAUACCUAUCUUGGAGUGAAAUUUUCUGCCAAUGGAAAUUUUACAAAUCACAAGGAAAACUUAACAGAAAAAACAAAGAGAUCCUUUUUUCCCGCUCGUCGUUAUUUAGAUUUUCUAAAAUUACCAAUUCACAUCGUCAACAAACUGUUCAAUACAAUAUUUUUCCCAGUUUUAACGUAGUGCUCUGAAGUUUGGGGAAUCUAUGAUAAAAGUGAUCAUAGCCGUGGGAUAAAGACUCGAUUGAGAAAACGCAUAUACAUUUUUGUAAGAUGUGUUUAGGUUUAAACAAACGUUCACCGAAUGUUGCAUCGAGAAAUGAACUUGGUAGAUUAUCUCUAAAUUUACAAAUAACAAUGAACAUUUUCUUCAAGUUUUGGAUUCACCUUGAAAACUCUGCUUAAACAUAUCGGAUAAAAUGGCCGAAGAAAAUAAAUCAGGUCUAAUAAAUAAAAUAAAUCUUUUGAGUACACAACUUAAUAUUCAUAAACAAUCAGUUAACUUUAAAAACCCUUCUACUUUCCUAUCCAAAGCUGAGAAUAAUUUGUCAAAACAUCUGAAAAACUACCAGCUAAAUUUGAUAAGAACACAUAAAAAACUAAAAUUCUACUCCAUCUUUAAAAAUGAAACAAAUCACUCUGAAUUCAUCAAUCAUAUCCGGAAUCCUGAACAUAGGCGUGUAGCUUCCAAAUUUAGGAUAGGAAAUCAUAAUUUAAAAAUAGAAACUGGAAGAUUUACAAUCCCCAAAACUCCUGAAGACCUUAGAAUCUGAUCAUUGCAACCAAAAUUCGGUUGAAAAUGAACUGCACAUAUUAUUUCACUGUGAUCAAUACAAUGAUUUGAGAAAAACUCUUUUUAUUAAAAUCAACGACCGAAAUACAUUAUUUACCAAUUACAAUAUCCAUGAUAAAGUCUGUUUUCUUUUUAACAAUACUGAUUCACAAAUCAGCAGGCUAGAGGCUAAUUUCAUCUUUCAAGCAUUUGAAAGACGAAAGAAAUUGUUGUUUUAGUCGGUAACACCCGUACAAAAUGGUAGUACUGAAUAAACUUGUUGUUGUUGUUAUUCCUCAUUAGCUUGCGUGGCAAGCGUGUCUGCACGAGUUCGUCGAGAGAAGUUGGGGCGAGAGCAAAAAUAAAAGGAAUGACGGGGGAGGGGGAGGGGGAGGGGAAAGAGGGAAACGCUUGCCCGCAAACCCCACGAUUUUGAAAAACUGCGUUCGCCCACGAACGCAGCUUCCGAUUGGUGCGGUGCUGGUAGUGUUGAUAUACUUAGCACUCGAAACAUCAAUCAAACCAGGUAUGCUUUGUUUACGUGAGCCACAGAUUUGGUCUUAUCUGAUUUGUUGUCGCAGAUUACAAUUGCUUUGGACUGAUAUUGAAUCGUGUUUUGCGAAAGUUUACGAGAUCAGAGUCUUUAAAGUAUAAUGGGAGAUAGAGCAGUGGAGAUUAGGGAAGGCCAAUUUAUUGCGAAUGACGACGUGCGGAUCUGAUUGGAAAAAAUGGACCGUUUGUGGGAGAUAACAUCAGCGUAAAUCAGAAUAUCGGUACUAGACCACAGGCAGACCACCCUCUGUUAGUGGGGGCCCUUUGUUGAUUGAAAUCUGAGCAACGAUCUUUUGUUAUUUAUAGAAGAAAUACAUGUGAACAAUACGAUGGCUAUAAUUUGUUUAAACUGCAGAAUUUAAAGCAAAUGUUUCAAUAACUAACCGCCGAGGUCAAAUAUUCGUCUCCCAAAAUAGCCCUUAAAACAGCGCGGGACGGGGAAAAAAACAUGGCAAAAGACUCAGUUAACAUUUUCUUCAAACUUUUAUUGAAACAUUUGCUUUAAAUUCUGCAUUUUGGAACAAAUUAUAGCCACCGUAUUGUUCAUACGUAUUUCUUUCUGUAAAUAACAACAGGUUGUUGCUCAGAUUUCAAUCAACAACGGCCCCCACUAACAAAGGGUGGUCUGCCUGUGACUAGACACUAGCUAAAGCCGCCAUGGACAAGCGAUUUGUCAGCUUUUUGAAAUGAAAAGAUUGUUUUUGUUUAUUGGAAAUUUAGGGGCAAGUAUUGUAGAGAACGCUUCGACAAGGGCUUAAGAGCAGCCGCUCUACAAAACUUAUAGCCGGCGGAGUGAAUUGUUCCGCACAAAUUCAUUUUUGCCGUUUCGACAAGGUUUCAGACGAGAUAAUACCCUGCGAGCAGAGGCCCGUCAAUCUUUCUAGAUAAGUCGGGAAGAGGAAGGGAGAUCGAAGGGCCUCUGCUCGCAGGGUAACGAUAUAAAGCAACACAUUAAAGAACAAGAAAUUCCGCAGCGAUCGCUCAGAGUUUUAACCUUCUUUUAUCGUAAACCUUUUUUAUUACAGUUUUUGCAGUCGCCUGGAACGUGUUCUAUUAGACAGGGUCGGCCAGGGUUUUUGGGUACACGGUAUACCGGGGCUUUUUAAAUGGGGUAUACGGUAUAUUGCAGCUUAAAUACGGGUAUUCGGUACAUCACUUUCUUUGAAUUUCAGGUAUAAAGUAUACCUGGGUAUAAUUUUGGGUAUAUUUGGAUGAAUUUUUGGUAUUUUUGGGUAUUUUGGCGAAUUUUUUUCGGGUAUACUGGUAUACCACUACCCCCCCUGGCCGACCCUGAUUAGAGAACAAAGCAAUUUUACAAAUCUGGUAAUCCAGGGAUAAUCUGUUCGUUAUACUUCUAUUUUGACAAGCUGUCAAUUUAAAAAUGAACCGAACCGUGAAAUUUCAAGGGGCGUUUUCCAGAAUCGUGGGGUUCGUGGGCAAGCGUUUCCUCUUCUCCCCUCCCCCUCCCCCUUCCACCUUUUUUUUUUUUUGCUCCCGCUCUAACUUUGGCGCAAUAACUCGAUUGGAAACGCUUGCUACGCAGGCUAAUUCCUCAUAAAAAAUCUGCCAACCAAAUUGAUCUAAUUGACGGCAUUGGCAUAAAUGUUGCAGUCGGAGUGAUAAGGCAUACCUUUGUCUCCAAAACAAUCAAACGAACAAAACAAUCGAGCUUUGAGCAAAAUCGAGCUUGGGUCCCCAGUCCGCACGGGUUUCUUAACUUUCCCCAGGUUUCUCUCACAAUGUAAAAUCAAGAUGGCGGCCAUCGCAUCAUUUCAUUUGUGAAUCCUUGAGCUCUUGGUUUCAUCUUAUUUUCCUUCGUGUAAUUUGGUCAAAACGACAAGGUCCUGUUACUGAAGGUAAGAAAAUCUUGAAUACACUAUGGGUACGCUAGUUGUGAUAGUGAAAUGCUGAUUCGGUACCGAUGACGAACACACUGACGACUUGAACAAGACCAGAGACUAGAGGCACAUUUAUAAAAGUGUAAAAUUUUAAGGUCUUAAACAGAAGUGGCUCGGUGGCUCGCUAGUCACGACAAGUGUUUAAAGAACGAGAAAGAUAUAAGACAUAUAAGUAUAAGACAGACAUAGAAGGCAUAUACUUUAGUAUGUAUUAUAGCAGAUUAUAGGUGUAUAUUUUAGUGGCUCGGCGGCUUGGUGGCUCUUCAGUCGAGGUUAUAUAGUUUAGUGGCUCGACGGCUCGGCGGCUCGUUAGUCAGGACUACCGAGCCACCGAGCCACCCCAACGAAUAUGCCUAGAAAAUUUGCCCUGUAUUCUGUAGUUAAGCCGUAAAUGAAUUUUGCUACAAAUGUAUCUGUCCAAAGCCACAUAAAUAAUGUACUUGUCUUCCCGUAAUAACAUUUUUGCCAGUUUAAAUUUCCAUGUACUUUAACAGUUAAAAUUAUCAAUUAUCAAAAUCAAUUUUAAUUGGUGCUUUACAGCCUCUCAGGGGAGCUUAUUUAUAUAUAUCAAACUUAUUUGAGGGGGUGGGGGGGGGGAGAGCUAAUACACGUUGAGAUUGGAGGGCUUAUUUGAGGGGAGGGACUUAUUUGAUAAUAAGAAAAGACAAUGGGAUCAGUGCUUGAUAAAGAAUUAUAACACAAAGUGGAAAAGCUCAAGUACAAGAAGUUGAAGGUCCUGCUGCGAAGGAUGAAAAACAAAUCCAAACUUCCAGUUGGUGGAUAAACCACAGGCGGCCCAAACUCGUUACAUGAACGCGGACGUGACUCUUGCUUGCGAACGGUGUUGUGUUACAAACGGUUAUUUACAAAGGCUUGUAUGGGAGCGAUCGGUUUUUCUUAAAAGAGAUAAAAAAUGUUAUGUUUUUAAAUAAAAUUAACGUACCUUAUUGCCUUGUUGUAUUCUUUGUUGUUUGCCCGCAUCUCAGGCCGUUUUGAAGCGUUUUCGGCGAGUUAGCACUAUUUUGUUUAGCAGUGGGACACGAAAAUAGCACUAACUUGCCGAAAACGCUUCAAAACGGCCUGAGACGCGGGCAAACAACAAAGAAUACAACAAGGCAAUAAGGUACGUUAAUUUUAUUUAAAAACAUAACAUUUUUUAUCUCUUUUAAGAAAAAACGAUCAAUCCCAUACAAGCCUUUGUAAAUAACCGUUUGUAACACAACACCGCUCGCAAGCAAGAGUCACGUCCGCGUUCAUGUAAUGAGUUUGGGCCGCCUGUGGAUAAACCAUCCUGGAUCUGUCCACAUGAAGUUUAACAGUCGUGAUUGAUUAAUAAAGUCUGUUAUCUAUUUAUAAAGAAUAAUAAUAGAGGAUAGGAAGGAGGGCUUAAUAGGUUUUAUUAACUUUCUUCCUCUGAAAGGCGGGGGGGGAGAGGGGGUAUUGAGAUGGGGUUAAUAGAGGAUUUACUGUACUUAGAUAAAAAUCCAUUAAAAUCCAUAAUAGAUUAUCAAUAAUUUAAUAGCAGCAGUGUUUUCCUUUACCAAUUUUUAUCUAUUUCAAAUUUAUUCAACUUAUUUUAUCAAUAGUUAUUGAUUGUUAUUGAUUUUCAACUUUAUUGAUGUCACUUGUCAGGAUAAAUAUAAAAACAAUUAUUAUCUGCUUGAGUAGAACACACCUUGCUAAUAGCCCCCUUAAGUCUAUUUAACAAGUGGCAUUUUAAAAAUUGUAUAUGACCAAAACUUUAAUUUUUAACACUUCAAAACAUGUAUCGGAAAUUAGCAAUCAUCAAAAAACUUGAAAUGCUAUUUUUUCUUCCUCUUCAAAACACACACAUGUAACUUAAAAAAAGUCUGCCCUUUCACGCAGACAAAUUGGCACGUAUGAUGUAGAAUAAAUUGCUUCUCGACUCAACAUGGCAGCAAAUACAUUGUAAGAAUUGUCAUUGUCAAGAACCCCCUCAAUCAUCUUCACAAACACAAAUUAAUGACCAGAAUCAUACACCUGAGGUGGGUAAGAAAAUUGGAAGAGGUAUUGGCCUCCUGUUUAAAGUUAGAUAUUUUGUCACUAAUGAUAUUCUCAUCCAAUAAUAAAUUAUUAUAUUACUCCUUAGUGUUCCCUUUCCUAACUUCUGGCUUAAUUUUUUGGGGUAAUACUUAUUCUACAACUCUAAGCCCUGUUGUUAAGCUUAAUAGAGUGCUGUGCUGAUUGAUGGUAAAACAGGUUCCACUAUGCUGUAUUGUCUGUAUUAAUGCUCUAUAAUGAGCCUUUAUCAGCAAUAAUUAUUGUAAAUGUGUGUUAUUUUACAAACCACAGGGGAUUCUCAGAUCUGAAUACAAAGUCAACAUUAGAUUAACUGCCUCCUGUCAAUGAAAUCUCCCUUUUGAAGCAAUCAUUUAAAUCUUAAGGAAUGCAAUCACAUGGUGCAUGGUCGGAAACCACUUUUCUUUUGAGCGAUUGUCCUUUACAUUUUCUAAUUUGUUUUCCAAAUUUAUCUGACAACCUUUAAACUAUUUGUUCCAGACCUUAGUUUUACCAGCUGCCCACAAAGUUUGUUCAAUACAUUGGCCAAAAAAUACUAAUAAUUGUACAUUUACCUGAUAAUGUUCCUCCUCCUUGUUAAAAGGUACCAUAACUAUAAUACCUUGAAAGAAGAACAAGCUCCAUGUCUUUUGAGUGCCAGCAGUGCGGCAAAUGUUUUUCCCAAGCAGGAAAGCUGAGGAAUCAUGAAAGAGUUCACACUGGGAAAAAGCCUUACGAAUGUAAACAGUGUGGCAAGUGCUUUAGCCAAGCAGGAACCCUAAGGUUUCAUGAAAGAGUUCACACUGGGGUAAAGCCUUAUGAAUGUAAAAAGUGUGGCAAGUGUUUUAGCCAAGCAGGAACCCUAAGGAAACAUGAAAGAGUUCACACUGGGGUAAAGCCUUAUGAAUGUAAACAGUGUGGCAAGUGUUUUAGCCAAGCAGUAACCCUAAGGUUUCAUGAAAGAGUUCACACUGGGGUAAAGCCUUAUGAAUGUAAACAGUGUGGGAGGUGUUUUAGCCAAGCAGGAACCCUAAGGAAACAUGAAAGAGUUCACACUGGGGAAAAGCCUUAUGAAUGUAAAAAGUGUGGCAAGUGUUUUAGUCAGGCAGGAAGCCUAAGGAAACAUGAAAGAGUUCACACUGGGGAAAAGCCUUAUGAAUGUAAACAGUGUGGCAAGUGCUUCAGCACAACAAGCAAUCUAAGGGCUCAUGAAAGAGUUCACACUGGGAAAAAACCUUUUGAUUGCAAACAGUGUGGCAAGUGCUUCAGCACAUCAGGCAAUCUGAGAGCUCAUGAAAGAGUUCACACUGGUGAGAAACCUCAUGAAUGUAAUCAGUGUGGCAAGUGCUUUAGGACAGCAGGACAAUUAAUUUGUCAUAAGAGAGUUCAUACUUUGGUUUAUGAAUGUAAUCAAUGUGGAAAGCGUUUAAGGCGGGCAGGGAACCUAAGACAUCAUAAGAGAGUUCACACUGGGGAAACGCCUUACGAAUGUAAACAGUGUGGCAAAUGUUUUAGUCAAGCAGCAAACCUAAAGAGUCAUGAAAGGGUUCACACUGGGGAAAAGCCUUAUGAAUGUAAACAGUGUGGAAAGCGUUUCGGCCGAUCAUGGGACCUGAGGAAGCAUGAAAGCAUCCACACUUUAUUAAAGUCACGUAAAUUUGUCCAGAAAAAGGAAAUUCUGCCUAAUCGUUUGGAAUCAUGUAAGCAGAGGAGAGCGGGGGCUAAAAACGUUGAUGUUAGGGCCACAGGCUUUACAAACAACCAGCGAACACACAGUGAGACUGGAAUCCGUGGUGUAGCAGACCCACAAUCAGUCAUCAUCAUUGAGAAACACAGCUGUUGGAUUUGUCAAGAGGAGAUGAGUAGUGAAGCUCUUCUUCUUCAACAUUACGAGCAUCAUAUGACCUAUAUUUGUGAAGAUGGUUCGUAA